AUGCCUGAGUUUGCCGAUGAUGUUAAGCUUUUGCUGCAAGUUGACAGUCUUUCUGAUUGCAGGAAGUUGCAAGCGGAUUUAAGUAUUUUUGAAACUUGGUGUACAUCAAAUAACUUGUACUUGAAUACCAAGAAAUGUGCUAUUGUAUCGUAUACCAGAAAAUUAGAGGCGUUUCUUUUUGAUUACUCUUUGUGCAACAAUGUGCUUAAUCGUUGCUCCGAUAUGAAGGAUCUAGGGGUGAUCUUUGAUACAAAGCUUACAUUUAGCAAGCACAUUGACUUCAUUGUCUCUAAGCCGUUUGCGCUAUUUGGCUUCAUUCGUAGAAAUACUCGUGAUUUUAAGGACCCUAACCUUGUUCGUAGUCGACUGGAGUAUUGCUCUUUGAUAUGGAACCCCUACUACGAUGUAUACUCUGGUAAAAUUGAAAGGGUUCAGAAAGUCUUUACAAAAUAUGCCUUAUACAACAUGAUCUGGGAUGAUGGCCCUCCAUCAUACACUAGUAGAC